AUGGUGAAGGGAAUUGCGAUAGGAAUGAGCCAUGCUGUUAUUCCUAUCUUCCAGUAUGAGAUCAUUCCAACUCCAAGAAGGGGUAGAAUUUUGUCGUUUUAUAUUUUGGCAACCGGUUUAGGUAACUUACUAAUGUACCUGUUGCCUAUGAUGGCUAUGCCAUUGAUACGCGAUGAAAAGUACUUGAUACUACAUUGGUUGGUUGAUCUUGUUCCCCUUACCAUAGCUACAAUUUCCGUAAUGCUUUUUCCGGAGAGUCCCAAAUGGUUGGCAGCGAAUAAUGAUUGGACGGAAGCCGUUGACGUAUUAGAGAGUAUUGAGACGGCCAAUUCUGAGAAGAAUGUCAAAAGUAAACUCGGGCACGAAAGAAGGCGGCUUGGUGAUAAACACUAUGUUGUUAAAAAGUAUUCCACUGCGGUUAACGUUAGAAGCUGUUCAGUGAAUGAAUUAUUCGGUAGGAAAUAUUUCCGAGAAGUUAAUACUGGGAUAUUAUUGCAAUUGACUAUUGAUUUGAUUGGAGUUAUCAAAUUGUUGAAUUCGAUGUAUGCUAUAUGUUUAGCUUGUCAAAUUAGGACAAUGGAUGAAAUAAAAUUAGUUCAUGAGUUUGACUUGGUGAUGAGAAUUGUAUUCAUAAUAGCCCCUAUUGGGAUCAUAGAUUUACUAAGAAGAAAGGACGUCUUGAUAUUCGGGAUGGUAGUGAACACCAUUUUGAUGAGUGCUUACGCGGCUCUUUAUCUCGUAUUUUCAAGACCAAACGAGCCAAGUUUUUUCAACCUUGACUUCGAAUGGGGAUUGAAAGUAGAGUUUGGGAAAACAAGUGCGUCGAUGGUUUUAGCACUUACUGUUUUGAUGGAUGUUGUUUUCCAUUCAAUCAUUCUACCAGUUUGUUGGUUAUACAUAUUGGAAACCUUCUCUUCCUCCACACGGUCCAAAGGUUGGGUGGUAGUUUCAAGCUUGCACUGGCUAUUCGAAUGUUCCUUGUCGUUGAUUUUCCCCUUCUUCUUUUCAAGUUUGAAUGGAUGGUUGAUUGUGAUUUUAUUUUUGAUUUCUUUGGGUGGAAGCGUGGCCAUCUCACAGUUGAAAGAGUCAAAGGAGAAACCAACUACAGCAUCAGUUUUCGAGAAGAUUCAUUCAAGCCUCCAUUGA